AUGGACAUAAAUGAAGCUUUAAUAUCUUUUUUCGACGGCAAAGGUCGGAAAACGCUGUAUAAUUUUAUUACUACCAAUACAUCUUUAAUUGAAAACUAUAUCCGCCAGUUUUCUAAAGCAGCUGAUGCAAAAAAGAAUUUAAGAUCCCCAUCAAUUACUUUUGACUUCGACACGCUGUGGUCGUCCACACAGGUUAGUAAGAUCCUUACAAGUGAAAAAAAUAAGGUAUCUAUUGCUCUGAUCAAAGCCAGUAGUACAGAAAUUACAAAAAAACUACAGGUACCGGUGGCAGAAGAAGAAGAGGAGGAAAAACAAAAGACAGAAGAUAAAGACAACAAUAAUGAACAGACUUUAGAGGAAGAAGAUGGUGAUGAGAAUGAUGCCUAUUCACAUGAAGGAAGUGAUGAUGCCACUGACAACAGCUUAAAAUAUAUUUUAAAUAACAACGAAGAUGAAUUUAGAAGUGUUAUAUCAUCAGAUGAAGCGGUUCCUGCCUAUUUGAAACAAUUUGAAUUAUUUCAAAUGAAGGCUUUUAAAAAGGCAAAAACAGUUGGUCUCUUUGUUAAUGCAGAUUUGUAUAAAAUUUUGUAA